CCUUUCCGAGGCUUUUCUCCGCUGGUGCUUCUCCUUCCCUCCAUCCCUCUUCCGCCAUGGAUCUCAUCGCGAAGCCUUUGAAUCCCAACAAACACCUCAAAGAAGAGUUUGUCAGCAAUCUCACCGGCUCUUCGAUGCUCGAGAUCGCCGCCCUCUCCACCAUCGUUCCCGCUUUGGUUGUUAUCCGGCAAUGGAGCAGCUUCGGGCAUGCCGAAAGUAAAAAUUGGAGAAGCUCUUUAACUACUGUCACUAUGGAUUUCAUCUGUGUUGUUCUGCCUGUUCUGCUUAUAUUCACUGUUCUUGCUGACUGGGUUUAUAUCUUUGCACUUCUGUUGUUGGUUUUAUUGCUUAUCUGCAUUUUAUCAAGAAGGCUGCUUCUCAUUUUAAAGGAAGGAUCACAAUUUUUGUCCUCUAUUAGAGCUACCAUUCUCUCAUACCGAGUUUCAGUGGUGGUUGUGACCUGCCUUUGCAUAUUGGCUGUUGACUUCAGAAUUUUUCCUCGGCGAUAUGCUAAGACAGAAACCUAUGGUACUGGUCUGAUGGAUCUCGGGGUGGGCUCAUUUGUUGUGGCUAAUGCAUUGGUUUCCAGACAAGCACGUUUUGCCCAGCCAGUAAGUUUGAAGUCUGCUUUUCGGUCUGUAAUUCCACUUGUAGUCCUUGGUUUUGGCCGGCUCAUUUUCACAAAGGGUGCAGAUUAUCAGGUCCAUGUGGGAGAAUAUGGUGUUCAUUGGAAUUUCUUUUUUACUCUUGCUGGAGUGGUUAUGUUAGCAUCCAUGAUUAAUAUCCAUCCUAAAUAUUGUGGAAUGUUUGGGUUGCUGAUACUCGGAGGGUAUCAAACAUGCUUGAGAAGUGGCUUAAGUGUGUAUCUGCUUUCCAAUGAAAGGGCCUUGGAUUAUAUUAGCCAGAACAAAGAAGGGAUUUUUAGUAUAUUUGGAUACUGGGGCAUGUACCUGCUUGGUGUGAACUUAGGGCACAGUCUAUUUUUUGGAAAUGUAGCAUCAGCUAAGUAUGAAAAUUUUCAGUGGACAAGACUACGAGUUUGCACCUUUUCCUUUCUGAUGUGGUUAUUGACCCUUGUUCUGAACAAUCAUGUAGAAAGAGUUUCUCGUCGAAUGUGCAAUUUUGCAUAUGUCACCUUGGUGCUAGCACAGAACUUCCAGGUUCUAUCAAUUCUCAUGCUUUCUGAUUUUAUUCCUGGGAGAAAACCUUUAGAGCUUGAAGCAGCAUUCAAUCAGAAUUUACUAGGGUCAUUUCUCUUGGCGAACAUAUUAACCGGAGUGGUGAACUUAUAUGUUGAUACCCUUUCAGCAUCUUCGAUCAUAGCUCUGGGUAUCUUGUUAGGAUAUGCCUUUGCUUUGGCUGCUAUAGUUUGCAUUCUCUGGUUUUCCCGCGUGAAGCUUGCGCUUUAGUAAAGGGUUAGGUUAAUUCUUUGAGGAGCUGUAGAAGAGAGAUUGAACACAACUACAACCAAGUUCUCUGUACAAAUAUGUCACACACUAUCUAAAUAAGUACAUGGGCAAGUGCCGUUUGGGCGAGGGAAAUGAGCAGGAAUAUGACAUGAUUUUAUGGAGAUGAUAUCAAAAAGCAGAGACACCAUUGCCACCAACCAUUCAUGAUCCAGAGCAAUAGCAAAUCCAAAGACUCUGCAGAGCUCUGGGCCAUUGAGUGUUGGUCCCCCAAAUGAUGCUUAGAUCACUGAGUCACAUGUCUCAGAAACCCUUUGUAACUUCUACAGUGAUUUUCUUUGUUUCCUUCUUAUUAUUCUGUCUAUUUUUUAAAAUACACUGUCAUUAUCACUCUUGUUCAUUCACCCAAUCAAGUACUCAGUUUCUUAUU